UUUCUUUUCGUUAAGCCUAUUUACGCUUCCCAUUUGCUCCUUAAACAUAUACAAAAAAAUGAGUGCAAUGCUACAACCCGGAAUCAUCCUUCUGCGCGAAGGCACAGAUACGUCUCAAGGGGUGCCCCAGCUGAUCAGCAAUAUCAAUGCCUGUGAAUGCAUAGUAGAUAUAGUUCGUACAACACUCGGUCCAUUUGGUAUGGAUAAGCUCAUUCAUAGUGAGGGAAGCAAUUCAACUGUUACAAACGAUGGUGCCACCGUCUUGCGAAUGCUCGAUGUAGUUCACCCGGCCGCGAAAACUUUAGUUGAAAUUGCGAAAUCUCAGGAUUCAGAAGUUGGAGAUGGGACCACAUCCGUAGUGCUGUUCGCAGGGGAGUUGCUGAAGGAAAGCAAAGCAUUUAUAGAUGAAGGAAUGCAUUCUCAAGUAAUCAUCAAGGGCUUUCGCAAGGCAUGCUUGCUGGCUAAAGAAAAAAUUAAAGAACUGGAAGUUAAGCUGCAUAUUGGUGAUGAGCAAGAGCGUCGCAAACUGUUGAUGAGAUGUGCGGCUACCCCUCUUUCUUCUAAGCUUGUAGCCGGUCAGGCAGAAUUUUUCAGUAACAUGGUAGUCGACGCAGUCGAAAAGUUGGAUGAGGAUUUGGACCCUAAAACGAUUAGCAUUAAAAAAGAGGUGGGAGGAUCAUUGGAAGAUAGUAUUUUUGUAGAAGGAGUAGCGUUCCAAAAAACCUUUAGCUAUGCUGGAUUUGAACAGGCUCCUAAAAAAAUUGUAAAUCCGAAAAUUGCCCUUUUGAACGUAGAACUUGAAAUUAAGAAAGAAAAGGAAAAUACAGAAAUUCGUAUUACGAAUGUAUCUGAUUAUCAAAAAUACGUGGAUGCAGAAUGGAACAUUCUUUACUCAAAACUUGACUCAUUAAUCUCUACAGGAGCUAAUGUUGUCUUGUCUCGCCUAGCUAUUGGUGACUUAGCAACUCAAUACUUUGCUGUCAGAGGCAUUUUUUGUGCAGGGAGGGUUCCAGAUGCAGACUUACAAUGCCUAUCAAAAGCUGUAGGGGGAUCGAUUCAGAGCUCAACUAACAAGAUCGAGCCACAUAUGUUGGGGCAUUGCGGGCUGUUUGAGGAACGCCAAGUAGGUGGAAAUCGAUACAACUUUUUCACUGAAUGUCCAAAAAGCAAAAGCACAACUAUUAUUUUAAGAGGGGCUGGUGACCAGCUUAUAAACGAAGCAGAACGCUCCCUGCAUGAUGCAAUCAUGGUUGUGUUAAGAACAUCUAAAUACAGUUCGGUCGUCGGCGGCGGCGGUGCUAUCGAGAUGGAGCUGAGCAAACAUUUACACGAAUAUGCUCGUACGAUUCCUGGGAAACAACAAAUGGUUACAAACGCUUUUGCCAGGGCGCUUGAAAGCAUACCCAAACAGCUCGCAGACAACGCCGGGUUAGAUUCGACAGAUAUACUCAAUCAGCUAAGGAAGGCACACGCCGAAGGAGGAACAUGGAUGGGAGUCAAUCUGUCAUCUGCUUAUACAGGUAAUUCCCAUAUAUCGAAUAACUUCGAAAAUUACAUUUGGGAACCGAGUCUGAUUAAGCUGAAUAGCAUUGAAGCUGCUACCUCAGCUGCAUGCACCAUUUUGAAUGUGGAUGAAACCAUUAAACAUCCACGCCUCGAAAAUGAAAUGCCAAAUCCAAGAGGAGUUGGUGGCAUGCAAAUGCCACAUUAAAAUAACCGAUUAAUCCUAUCCUGUUGCCGAAUAAUAAAAAAAUUUACAAAACACAUUAUUUUUUCUAA